GGCACUUGUCCGUCCGUCCCCGGUCUAGCGCUGAGACAAUUUAAAGGCAACUAAGAGUCCCUGGGGAGCUCACUGGGAUUCUGUCCCUCUUCCCGCGAGCAAGGGGCAUCGAGGCGCCCCCUCUGGGAAGAGGCGGCGGCGGUUCCACCGCCCAUGGAGCGCCAAGGGGAGGGCGCAGCAGCUGCCCACGGCGACAUGGCCGCCUUGCACGCCGCCAAGCGGGCCCUGCGAGGGGAGCUGAAGCGCCGCCUGAGAGCCCUGAGCGAGGCCGAGAAGCUGCGCCAGUCGCGCCUCCUGGGCGGCAAGGUGAUGGGGCAUUCUAAAUACCAAGCGUCCCAGAGGAUUGCAGUCUUUCUAAGCAUGCCGGAUGAGGUCCAGACGGAAGAGAUCAUUAAGGACAUUUUUCAGCAAGGCAAAGAGUGCUUCAUUCCACGGUACAAGCCCCAGAGCAGCCACAUGGACAUGGUAAAGUUAGCUUCCUAUGAAGAAAUUGCUUUGCUCCCCUUGACUUCCUGGAACAUCCAUCAGCCUGCUGCAAACGACAUCAGGGAAGAAGCUUUGUUGGUGGCAGAGGGUCUUGAUCUCAUCCUUAUGCCAGGACUUGGUUUUGACAAAACUGGCAACAGACUGGGAAGAGGAAAGGGGUACUAUGAUGCAUACCUUGAAAGGUGCAGACAGCAUCCCAGAGGAAAACCUUACACAAUUGCCUUGGCUUUCAAAGAACAAGUAUGCGGCGUGGUCCCUGUGUCUGAAAAUGAUGUGAAGGUUGAUGAAAUCCUAUUUGAAGACAAUGAACAGUGACUUUGAUAAACAACUGACCAGGAACCUUUUUUUUUUAUGUGUGUGAAUUCUUAAACAAUUAUAAACAAAGUUCACAUAUGCACAUUUACUA